CGCAACUCAACUUCACCCGCGGUUACCAUGCUCCCGCUUUCCAUCACCCCGCCCCAUUCUCCCGCUUUCCAUCACCCCGCCACAUUCGCCCGCUUUCCAUCACCCCGCCCCAUUCUCCCGCUUUCCAUCACCCCGCCCCAUUCUCCCUCCUUCCAUCACCCCGCCCCAUUCUCCCUCCUUCCAUCUCCCCGCCCCAUUCUCCCUCCUUCCAUCACCCCACCCCAUUCUCCCGCUUUCCAUCACCCCGCCCCAUUCUCCCUCCUUCCAUCACCCCGCCCCAUUCUCCCUCCUUCCAUCUCCCCGCCCCAUUCUCCCUCCUUCCAUCACCCCGCCCCAUUCUCCCUCCUUCCAUCACCCCGCCCCAUUCUCCCACUUUCCAUCACCCCGCCCCAUUCUCCCGCUUUCCAUCACCCCGCCCCAUUCUCCCGCUUUCCAUCACCCCGCCCCAUUCUCCCUCCUUCCAUCACCCCGCCCCAUUCUCCCGCUUUCCAUCACCCCGCCCCAUUCUCCCACUUUCCAUCGUCCCGCCCCAUUCUCCCUCCUUCCAUCACCCCGCCCCAUUCUCCCUCCUUCCAUCACCCCGCCCCAUUCUCCCGCUUUCCAUCACCCCGCCCCAUUCUCCCGCUUUCCAUCACCCCGCCCCAUUCUCCCGCUUUCCAUCACCCCACACCAUUCUCCCGCUUUCCAUCACACCGCCUCAUUCUCCCGCUUUCCAUCACCCCACCUCAUUCACCCGCUUUCCAUCGCCCCGCCCCAUUCUCCCGCUUUCCAUCACCCCGCCCCAUUCUUCCGCAUUCCAUCACCCUGCCCCAUUCUCCCUCCUUUCAUCACCUCGCCCCAUUCUCCCUCCUUUCAUCACCCCGCCCCAUUCUCCCGCUUUCCAUCACCCCGACCCAUUCUCCUGCUUUCCAUCACCCCGCCCCAUUCUCCCGCUUUCCAUCACCCCGCCCCAUUCUCCCGCUUUCCAUCACCCCGCCCCAUUCUCCCGCUUUCCAUCACCCCGCCCCAUUCUCCCGCUUUCCAUCACCCCGCCCCAUUCUCCUGCUUUCCAUCACCCCGCCCCAUUCUCCCUCCUUCCAUCACCCCGCCCCAUUCUCCCUCUUUCCAUCACCCCGCCCCAUUCUACCGCUUUCCAUCACCCCGCCCCAUUCUCCCGCUUUCCAUCACCCCGCCCCAUUCUCCCGCUUUCCAUCACCCUGCCCCAUUCUCCCGCUUUCCAUCACCCCGCCCCAUUCUCCCGCUUUCCAUCACCCCGCCCAAUUCUCCCGCUUUCCAUCACCCCGCCCCAUUCUCCCUCCUUCCAUCACCCCGCCCCAUUUUCCCGCCUUCCAUCACCCCGCCUCAUUCUCCCUCCUUCCAUCACCCCGCCCCAUUCUCCCGCCUUCCAUCACCCCGCCUCAUUCUCCCGCUUUCCAUCACCCGCCCCAUUCUCCUUCCUUCGAUCACCCCGCCCCAUUCUCCCGCCUUCCAUCACCCGCCCCAUUCUCCCUCUUUCCAUCACCCCGCCCCAUUCUCCCGCCGUUCAUCACCCCGCCCCAUUCUCCCGCUUUCCAUCACCCCGCCACAUUCUCCCGCUUUCCAUCACCCUUCCCCAUUCUCCCGCUUUCCAUCACCCCGCCCCAUUCUCCCGCUUUCCAUCACCCCGCCCUAUUCUCCCGCUUUCCAUCACCCCGCCCCAUUCUCCCGCUUUCCAUCACCCCGCCCCAUUCUCCCGCUUUCCAUCACCCCGCCCCAUUCUCCCGCUUUCCAUCACCCCGCCCCAUUCUCCUGCUUUCCAUCACCCCGCCCCAUUCUCCCGCUUUCCAUCACCCCGCCCCAUUCUCCCGCUUUCCAUCACCCCGCCCCAUUCUCCCGCCUUCCAUCACCCCGCUUCAUUCUCCCCCUUUCCACCACCCCGCCCCAUUCUCCCGCUUUCCAUCACCCAGCCCCAUUCUCCCGCUUUCCAUCAACCCGCCCCAUUCUCCCCCUUUCCACCACCCCGCCCCAUUCUCCCGCUUUCCAUCACCCCGCCCCAUUCUCCCGCUUUCCAUCACCCCGCCCCAUUCUCCCGCUUUCCAUCACUCCGCCCCAUUCUCCUACUUUCCAUCACCUCGCCCCAUUCUCCCGCUUUCCAUCACCCCGCCCCAUUCUCCCGCUUUCCAUCACCCCGCCCCAUUCUCCCUCCUUCCAUCACCCCGCCCCAUUCUCCCGCCUUCCAUCACCCCGCCCCAUUCUUCCGCUUUCCAUCACCCCGCCCCAUUCUCCCGCUUUCCAUCACCCCGCCCCAUUGUCCCGCUUUCCAUCACCCCGCCCCAUUCUCCCGCUUUCCAUCACCCCGCCCCAAUCUCCCGCUUUCCAUCACCCCGCCCCAUUCUCCCGCUUUCCAUCACCCCGCCCCAUUCUCCCGCUUUCCAUCACCCCGCCCCAUUCUCCCUCCUUCCAUCACCCCGCCCCAUUCUCCCUCCUUCCAUCUCCCCGCCCCAUUCUCCCUCCUUCCAUCACCCCGCCCCAUUCUUCCUCCUUCCAUCACCCCGCCCCAUUCUCCCGCUUUCCAUCACCCCGCCCCAUUCUCCUGCUUUCCAUCACCCCGCCCCAUUCUCCCUCUUUCCAUCACCCCGCCCCAUUCUCCCGCUUUCCAUCACCCCGCCCCAUUCUCCCGCUUUCCAUCACUCCGCCCCGUUCUCCUACUUUCCAUCACCUCGCCCCAUUCUCCCGCUUUCCAUCACCCCGCCCCAUUCUCCCGCUUUCCAUCACCCCGCCCCAUUCUCCCUCCUUCCAUCAGCCCGCCCCAUUCUCCCGCCUUCCAUCACCCCGCCCCAUUCUUCCGCUUUCCAUCACCCCGCCCCAUUCUCCCGCUUCCAUCACCCCGCCCCAUUCUCCCGCUUUCCAUCACCCCGCCCCAUUCUCCUGCUUUCCAUCACCCCGCCCCAUUCUCCCUCCUUCCAUCACCCCGCCCCAUUCUCCCUCUUUCCAUCACCCCGCCCCAUUCUCCCGCUUUCCAUCACCCCGCCCCAUUCUCCCGCUUUCCAUCACUCCGCCCCAUUCUCCUACUUUCCAUCACCUCGCCCCAUUCUCCCGCUUUCCAUCACCCCACCCUAUUCUCCCGCUUUCCAUCACCCCGCCCCAUUCUCCCUCCUUCCAUCACCCCGCCCCAUUCUCCCGCCUUCCAUCACCCCGCCCCAUUCUUCCGCUUUCCAUCACCCCGCCCCAUUCUCCCGCCCCAUUGUCCCGCUUUCCAUCACCCCGCCCCAUUCUCCCGCUUUCCAUCACCCCGCCCCAAUCUCCCGCUUUCCAUCACCCCGCCCCAUUCUCCCGCUUUCCAUCACCCCGCCCCAUUCUCCCGCUUUCCAUCACCCCGCCCCAUUCUCCUUCCUUCCAUCACCUUGCCCCAUUCUCCCACUUUCCAUAACUUCACCCCAUUCUCCCGCUUUCCAUCACCCCGCCCCAUUCUCCCUCCUUCCAUCACCCCGCCCCAUUCUCCCUCCUUCCAUCACCCCGCACCAUUCUCCCGCUUUCCAUCACCCUGCCCCAUUCUACCGCUUUCCAUCACCCCGCCCCAUUCUCCCGCUUUCCAUCACCCCACCCCAUUCUCCCGCUUUCCAUCACACCGCCUCAUUCUCCCGCUUUCCAUCACCCUGCCCCAUUCUCCCGCUUUCCAUCACCCCGCCCCAUUCUUCCGCAUUCCAUCACCCUGCCCCAUUCUCCCUCCUUUCAUCACCUCGCCCCAUUCUCCCUCCUUUCAUCACCCCGCCCCAUUCUCCCGCUUUCCAUCACCCCGACCCAUUCUCCCGCUUUCCAUCACCCCGCCCCAUUCUCCCGCUUUCCAUCACCCCGCCCCAUUCUCCCGGUUUCCAUCACCCCGCCCCAUUCUCCCGCUUUGCAUCACCCCGCCCCAUUCUCCCGCUUUCCAUCACCCCGCCCCAUUCUCCUGCUUUCCAUCACCCCGCCCCAUUCUCCCUCUUUCCAUCACCCCGCCCCAUUCUACCGCUUUCUAUCACCCCGCCCCAUUCUCCCGCUUUCCAUCACCCUGCCCCAUUCUCCCGCUUUCCAUCACCCCGCCCCAUUCUCCCGCUUUCCAUCACCCCGCCCUAUUCUCCCGCUUUCCAUCACCCCGCCCAAUUCUCCCGCUUUCCAUCACCCUGCCCCAUUCUCCCGCUUUCCAUCACCCUGCCCCAUUCUCCCGCUUUCCAUCACCCCGCCCCAUUCUCGCGCUUUCCAUCACCCCGCCCCAUUCUCCCGCUUUCCAUCACCCCGCCCCAUUCUCCCGCUUUCCAUCACCCCGCCCCAUUCUCCCGCUUUCCAUCACCCCGCCCCAUUCUCUGGCUUUCAAUCACCCCGCCACAUUCUCCCUCCUUCCAUCACCCCGCCCCAUUCUCCCGCCUUCCAUCACCCCGCAUCAUUCUCCCGCUUUCCAUCACCUCGCCCCAUACUCCCGCUUUCCAUCACCCCGCCCCAUUCUCCCGCUUUCCAUCACCCCGCCCCAUUCUCCCUCCUUCCAUCACCCCGCCCUAUUCUUCCUUCUUCCAUCACCCCGCCCAAUUCUCCCGCUUUCCAUCACCCCGCCCCAUUCUCCCGCUUUCCAUCACCCCGCCCCAUUCUCCCGCUUUCCAUCACCUCGCCCCAUUCUCCCGCUUUCCAUCACCCUGCCCCAUUCUCUCGCUUUCCAUCACCCCGCCCCAUUCUCCCACUUUCCAUCACCCCGCCCCAUUCUCCCGCUUUCCAUCAUCCCGCCCCAGUCUCCCGCUUUCCAUCACCCCGCCCCAUUCUCCCGCUUUCCAUCACCCCGCCCCAUUCUCCUGCUUUCCAUCACCCCGCCCCAUUCUCCCUCUUUCCAUCACCCCGCCCCAUUCUCCCGCUUUCCAUCACCCCGCCCCAUUCUCCCGCUUUCCAUCACUCCGCCCCGUUCUCCUACUUUCCAUCACCUCGCCCCAUUCUCCCGCUUUCCAUCACCCCGCCCCAUUCUCCCGCUUUCCAUCACCCCGCCCCAUUCUCCCUCCUUCCAUCACCCCGCCCCAUUCUCCCUCUUUCCAUCACCCCGCCCCAUUCUCCCGCUUUCCAUCACCUCGCCCCAUUCUCCCGCUUUCCAUCACUCCGCCCCAUUCUCCUACUUUCCAUCACCUCGCCCCAUUCUCCCGCUUUCCAUCACCCCGCCCCAUUCUCCCGCUUUCCAUCACCCCGCCCCAUUCUCCCUCCUUCCAUCACCCCGCCCCAUUCUCCCGCCUUCCAUCACCCCGCCCCAUUCUUCCGCUUUCCAUCACCCCGCCCCAUUCUCCCGCCCCAUUGUCCCGCUUUCCAUCACCCCGCCCCAUUCUCCCGCUUUCCAUCACCCCGCCCCAAUCUCCCGCUUUCCAUCACCCCGCCCCAUUCUCCCGCUUUCCAUCACCCCGCCCCAUUCUCCCGCUUUCCAUCACCCCGCCCCAUUCUCCCUCCUUCCAUCACCCCGCCCCAUUCUCCCUCCUUCCAUCUCCCCGCCCCAUUCUCCCUCCUUCCAUCACCCCGCCCCAUUCUUCCUCCUUCCAUCACCCCGCCCCAUUCUCCCGCUUUCCAUCACCCCGCCCUAUUCUCCCGCUUUCCAUCACCCCGCCCCAUUCUCCCGCUUUCCAUCACCCCGCCCCAUUCUCCCUCCUUCCAUCACCUUGCCCCAUUCUCCCGCUUUCCAUCACUUCACCCCAUUCUCCCGCUUUCCAUCACCCCGCCCCAUUCUCCCUCCUUCCAUCACCCCGCCCCAUUCUCCCUCCUUCCAUCACCCCGCCCCAUUCUCCCGCUUUCCAUCACCCCGCCCCAUUCUACCGCUUUCCAUCACCCCGCCCCAUUCUCCCGCUUUCCAUCACCCCACCCCAUUCUCCCGCUUUCCAUCACACCGCCUCAUUCUCCCGCUUUCCAUCACCCUGCCCCAUUCUCCCGCUUUCCAUCACCCCGCCCCAUUCUUCCGCAUUCCAUCACCCUGCCCCAUUCUCCCUCCUUUCAUCACCUCGCCCCAUUCUCCCUCCUUUCAUCACCCCGCCCCAUUCUCCCGCUUUCCAUCACCCCGACCCAUUCUCCCGCUUUCCAUCGCCCCGCCCCAUUCUCCCACUUUCCAUCACCCCGCCCCAUUCUCCCGGUUUCCAUCACCUCGUCCCAUUCUUCCGCUUUCCAUCACCCCGCCCCAUUCUCCCGCUUUCCAUCACCCCGCCCCAUUCUCCUGCUUUCCAUCACCCCGCCCCAUUCUCCCUCUUUCCAUCACCCCGCCCCAUUCUACCGCUUUCUAUCACCCCGCCCCAUUCUCCCGCUUUCCAUCACCCUGCCCCAUUCUCCCGCUUUCCAUCACCCCGCCCCAUUCUCCCGCUUUCCAUCACCCCGCCCUAUUCUCCCGCUUUCCAUCACCCCGCCCAAUUCUCCCGCUUUCCAUCACCUUGCCCCAUUCUCCCGCUUUCCAUCAACCCGCCCCAUUCUCCCGCUUUCCAUCACCCCGCCCCAUUCUCCUGCUUUCCAUCACCCCGCCCCAUUCUCCCGCUUUCCAUCACCCCGCCCCAUUCUCCCGCUUUCCAUCACCCCGCCCCAUUCUCCCGCCUUCCAUCACCCCGCUUCAUUCUCCCCCUUUCACCCACGCUGCCCCAUUCUCCCGCUUUCCAUCACCCAGCCCCAUUCUCCCGCUUUCCAUCACCCCGCCCCAUUCUCCCCCUUUCCACCACCCCGCCCCAUUCUCCCGCUUUCCAUCACCCCGCCCCAUUCUCCCGCUUUCCAUCACCCCGCCCCAUUCUCCCGCCUUCCAUCACCCCACAUCAUUCUCCCGCUUUCCAUCACCUCGCCCCAUACUCCCGCUUUCCAUCACCCCGCUGUUAA